AUGACUAUGAGAACGUAGACAUAGAUGCGGCCUGUGAGAUGAUGGAGGAUUUGGAGAUCAUGAUUUCCGACAAGUCCUUCUUGAAGCAGAGAUUUGCUGUGGAGGACAAAAUCUACCAAGUGGAAAAAGCUGACAACUUCGAGUACACAGAUCCUGUAGACAGCACCAUCUCCAGGAACCAGGGUCUGCGGAUAAUCUUCUCUGAUGGUUCUCGUAUCAUCUUCAGACUCAGUGGGACAGGUAGUGAAGGGGCAACAGUUCGAAUCUACAUUGACAGCUAUGAGAAGGAGCACAUUUUUGAAGACACUCAGAAAUCCAACUUUUGCCAAAACAUGAAGAGCUUUGAGUUGCAAGACUGGAACAAUCAUGGUUACAUACCCGCAGCUAAUGCUGAAACCAAGGCUUUGAUGGAGGAGAUUGGUAAAAAAGAGGCAAAGCUGGUCCAACUGGAAAACAAACUCGAGAGCCAUAAGGAUCAAAUGGAGGUAAUGGAUGAGUUCAUCAAAAAUGCAGAAGAAGAGCAGCAGAACACUGAGGCUCUGCGUAAGGCCAAUGAAAGAGAAGUAGAUUCUGCGAAACACCUCACAGCCCUCACGAAGAGGAAUGCAGAUGGCCAAUCACUGAACAUGACAAAGAUGGAGAAGGCGCUCCGAUCUUUUGCAGAGACGAGAAAUAUGCUGGAGAAUCGAAAGCACAGAACCUACCAGAAGCUAGGGAAGUUUAGGAAGCUGAUGAACAGGGACCAGCAGACCAUGGAUGGCUUUUUGGAGGAGUCAACGCGUAAACAUGAGGACUUAAUGGCGAUCAUGAAGUACUCCGAGCAAGAUGAGAAGACGAUCAAGUCUCUCACUCUGGAGACAGAGAAGAAGACCAUGGAAGCCAAUGAAAAGCGCAAAUUACGUGACAAGGAGUUGACUGAGACUUUAUCUGCACAGUUUGCCUUGGAUAAGGCCACAAAGAAUUUUCAGCAGAACCACCUGGAGACACAGCGGCUCCUCCACCAGUGGGAAAAGACUAUCAAACUGAUGAAUCAACGUGAUGCUGAGAAUCACCAGUGUGCACUGUAUUGUGCCGAAGUCAAUCAGAAGGAGAGGGACAGGAAUGCUAUCAUCACAGAGAAGAAGUACUUGCAUGAUAUUCAGCAAAACAACAUGGAAAUUGAGAAGAAAAUAUCUGCAAAACAGCGACAGGCUGUAAAGCUGCAGCAGAAUCUGAAGGAGGUGGAGAAUAACUGCAGUGCACUGAAGGAUGAGCUGGAUGGUAUCAAGGGUGAACAAGACAAAUCUUACUCCUGCGUAAAGUCUGAGAUGUCUAACAGGUCCCGAAAGAACAAAAUGAUACAGGAUAAAGAUGAGAAACUCAAGGAGGCCAGGGCGUACAAUGCAGAACUGGAGGAGAAGCUGGAACAAGUAACUCAGACUGCCCUGAGUGAGGAGGAGAGAGCUGCUCAGAUGGAUCAGGUUCGCAGGGAUAAGGAAAAGGCAACCACGGAGCUGGAUUUCCAGCUGCAUGACUGCCAAGAGAAACUGUUCCAUCGUAAAGCUCAUUUGCAGGCUCUUAAGACAAAGGAGAAGGAUUUUGUUGCCCAUGUUGCGAGGAGCAAAUCCGACAAAAGCCAGAAAAGCCAGCUAAAGGAACAAGAGGAUGAGAUUAUAAGACAGCAAAUUGUUUUAACUGAACAGGAUUCCAAGCUCAUCAACCUGGAGACAAAACUGGCACGGCUGCAAGGAGACGUUAAGCUAGAUGAAACACAAGUACUUCAAAUGAAGAUCGUUGAGCUGACCAAAGUCCUCGAGGAGAAGAAGUCAGCCAACAUACUAACCAACAUGCUCAAGGAGUCUGAGUAUGAUAUUCCCAAAUUGAAGAAAGAAAUUGAAAAGUACGAAGCUCAAAAGAGAAAUGUGACCGAGAAGGUGGAGGAGCUCAGUCUUUUCUGUAAUAUCACUGAGAAGGAGAUGAAGGCAUGCCGGCUCAAAAGACAGGACAACAUGGUGGAGCAUAACAUCUUGAAGGUAGAGGUCAAGCGCAUUCGAGAUCUGCUGUUCAGCAAGACGGACACUGUGCUGUCUUUGGAGAAGAGGAAGCUGGGGCUACAGAGAGCCUUAAAGGAGAGGGAGGGUGAGAUCAAGGUCUACAGAGAGAUGCUCGGCCAGAAGCUCAAGAUCAGUGAGAAGGAGAGACAGAAACUGAGUGCUGAACUCAGUGAGAAACUGGCCAAGAUCAAGGGGCUGAGGGAUCAUUUUGAAAUACAAAAAAUUUUGCUGGCAGCUCCUGAUGAGGAUGUGGAGAAGUGGCAGAUUCACUGUAUCACAAAGGCUGCACUAGAGAAAGAGGAGCUUAAACGAGAGGGAGACGCUCUUUAUGAUAAAAUGGACAGGGUCAAGCUGGAGAACAAAGCUCUGGUGAACACCAACUAUUUGUUCAUCAACAGUGUCUCAGCGUUUCAGGAAUCCCUCAAAAGAAAAAUUGAAUCAGGUCCGGAAUACCAGGAAAAACUGCAGUUAGAUAAACAGUUAAAGGCAGCUGAAGAUGCGUUACAGUUCAAGAAGAAAUACAUGGGGGAGCUUCAACAGGACUUACAGGACAUGAAUGAUACCUUUGAAAGUCUGCUGCAACAGGAGCGGGUUGAGAAAGAUAAGAUGAAGAACAAACAAUCUCUCAUCAACUUAAGGAAGAAAGAAAUCACUUCCGAGCAAGAGAAAAUUGACAGGGCAAAAAAACAGUGCUCCAAGCUGAUCAAACAGAUCCGCUCAGCUAAAAACACCACAGUUGAGACUUUUGAAGAAACGGAAAUUAAACUGAAGGAAUUAAAGGAUUUCAUCAAGAGCUUUGAUAAAAUGCUGAGUGAGACUGUGGUGGACAAGCCUGAUCUCAGAUCAGUGCUGGAGCAAUACUCCCUUCAGGCCAAUAAGUCUUUUCUAGCUCCUUCAUUCACUCACACUAGCCAAUGCAGCUCCAAGACAAACUCUGCCAACAGAUCUUUCAGGUGUCCUGCAUCCUCAGUCAGCAGCAGCCACAGGGCCUCAACACUUGGUCCCUGCAAGUUCCAAAUUGUGGAACUGCAGCUGACAUGAAAGUGACCUCCCCUCGUCCCAGCUACAAGUAGCAGCAAGAAGUCCUAGUGCACAGAAUAACUGCCACGUUACCCGGUGGACACAGAUUGUGAAAUGUCUUGCCUUUGUUAGUAACAAGGAAAGAUUUAUUUUUAAUAUGAUGAAAAUC